AUGGAUCUAGAAACGACGGCGCAUCCAAAACCUAUCCUAGAUCAUCACCACCGCAAAGUCGAACUCCAAUCCACCUACGACCUGACAUACCUUCAAUCUAACCUGAUCGCGUGCGCGCGCCAAAAGCUCGAUCUACACUUCCCCCUCUUAACCGCGGCGCAGGAGAAAUCUCAGCCUGCGACGGUCAUACCAUUGGACGGCGUUCAACCGAACGAAAACUCCCAACCUCGUAACACGCAGGUCCGGGAUGGGAACGAGGUCGAGGAUCCGCUCCGCGCCCGCGUCCGCGAGGUCGUCGAGGCCUUCAUCGCGCGCACCUGGGAAGGCGCGUGUAAGAACAUCACUGUCAAUGGCUUGGAUGCGACGAGCCUCCCCGUCGCGCUGACAACCGCAAGCGCCGCAAAUUCCUCAAGUGACCAGCAGGGAGAAGAUAAAGAAGAGGUGGAAGGGGUGGACUUUGUCUUUGAGCCGUACGAUAGCCAGUUACAAGCAAAAGUCGCUGCGCUUUACGGGGAGCUGGAGACAUUGACUGCGCAAGUAAGUAAACUGAGGAGGACAGCUCCAGCUCAAGGAGCGGAGAUGUUCGCGAAGGGGUUGAGGGAGGAGAUGAAGACGGAUGAUGUUGAAUUCGAGAGGCGCGUCACGGCGACGGCGACGAGACUUGCGGAGGCCGGAGGGGACGUUCUGCAGCUGAAGCCCCAGAGAGACGGAUGGUAUGACCAUGUUCAUGCUAUGUAUGAUCGCGGGACGAGCGAACUUGCAGUGCUGGCCGGCGUUAACAGAGCCAAGGGCGACGCUGAUCACGAGGUCCAUGGUGCGAGCUUGACCGAGACGUUGGGCAAGAUCCAACGUGCGAGGACCGUGGCUAUGGAGUUUGAGUGA